GAAGAUAAAUAGAAAGAACAAAGAGGAAGUUGUUGUCAAGUGUCAGUACCGCUGCCAGCUAUGUGCCAGCAUCAAACACUCACAACUAUGUGUUUACUUUUCUCCCUUUAAAGCCGUAGACAUUUAGAAACAACUCUGGAGGAAGCCGUCGCCUUGCUGGAACUAUAUUUAGUUGUGAUGAUCAUUUCAUUUUCCUGGGCUAUUUAUUUUAUAUUCGUCUCGAAGCCAUUGUUUGGGAAAAAUUAGCCAACGUUAGCCAUGGCUCGAUGACACAGACUGUACUGUGUGAGUGAACGACGCCCAGCUUCUCGAAGAGGCGACAUGGAUUUCUCCAAAUUCCUGGACGAUGAGUUUGAUGUGAAGGACUGGGUGAACGGAGCCUUCAAGGUGGUGCAGAAGGACGCGCCGGGGAAGGCGGACACACACGCAGCCACGCUGGUCAUGAAGCUGCAGCUGUUCAUCCAGGAAGUCAACAAUUCCAUUGAGGAGAGCAGUAAUCAGGCACUCCAAAAUAUGCCCAGAGUGCUACGAGACGUGGAGGCUUUGAAACAGGAGGCUUCUUUCCUCAAGGAGCAAAUGGUUCUGGUCAAAGAGGACAUCAAGAAGUUUGAGCAGGACACUGUACAGUCUAUGCAGGUCCUGGUGGAGAUAGAUCAAGUGAAAAGCCGCAUGCAGCUGGCAGCCGAAGCUCUGCAGGAGGCUGACAAAUGGAGCACACUGAGUGCAGACAUUGAAGAGACCUUCAAAACACAGGACUUUGCAGUCAUUUCCUCCAAACUGACCAGCAUGCAGAGCAGCCUGGCCAUGCUGGUGGACACACCGGACUACUCUGAAAAGUGUGUCCACCUGGAGGCUCUGAAAAACAGACUGGAGGCCCUGGCCAGCCCGCAAAUAGUAUCAACCUUUAAUUCCAUGUCUAUGGACCAAGCCAAGCUGUUUGUUAAGGUCUUCACAGAGAUAGAUAGAAUGCCACAGCUCCUUGCCUACUACUAUAAGUGUCACAAGGGCCAGUUGGUGAGCACGUGGCAGGAUCUCUCUCAGAGUGAGCUCAAUCUGAAUCAGCAGCUGUCUGAAUUCUACGACACCUUGCUCUCUUCGUGGCACUCUCAACUACAGUGGAGCAGCCAGGUGUUCAAGAACCCGUAUGAGGUGGUGACAGUGUUGCUGAUCCAAACUCUGGGGGCCAUGGUCCCAUCCAUCCCCGUGUGCUUGAGCUCAGCCGUGGAGCGAGCAGCCCAAGAGCAGCGCCUAGACACACUGCUGGAACUCCAUCAAACCACUUCCACCUUCGGACACAGCCUGGAGGCCGCCAUGUUGCCGCACCUGGGUGAAAAUAAUCUGCUGAAGGUGACUGAGCUGGUCUGUGCGCUGUAUGACCCCUACAAACCUUAUCAACUACAGUAUGGAGAUCUGGAGGAAGCUCACCUCCUCAUCCAGAUCAGUGCUGUACCUUUGGAACAUGGUGAGGUUAUUGAUUGUGUGGAAGAGUUGAGCCACUCUGUUGGCAAGUUGUUCGGCCUGGCCAGCGCUGCUGUGGACCGCUGCGUCAAACUGACUGACGGACUGGCCGUGUGUGGCCUCCUCAAAGCCCUCAAAGCUCUCUUCACCAAGUAUGUGUCGGACUUCUCCACAACACUGCAGUCAAUCAGAAAGAAGUGUAAACUGGAGGAUACACCAAGUGCAUCUGUUUUCCAGGAGGACUGGACAGCCUUUCAGAACUCUGUCAGGAUUAUUGCCACUUGCGGAGAACUGCUCAGACAAUGUGGAGCCUUUGAGCAGCAGCUGUCAAACAAGAUCCUUGGCACGGCAGGUAAGUACUUGUCAGAGUCGUAUAGCCCGCGCAGCCUUGCAGGCAUCCAGGAGGCCAGCUCUACAGAGAGGAAGAGCGCCACCAAGAACCCCUGGCAGGAAUACAACUACCUUCAGAGGGGAAACAUGACUGAAUACAACAGCCUGAUGGAAGUCCUCUACUCCCUAAAGGAGAAGGGCACAGGUAACUCCAGCCUGUUAACGGAGCCCAGAGCAGCUCUGAUCAGACUCAACCAGCAGGCCAACCAGCUGGCCUUCGACUCCGUCUUCCUGCAAAUCAAACACCAGCUCUGUCUUGUCUCCAAGAUGGAGAGACAAGAGGCACCUGGUCUUGGCGAGAGCUACACAGAGGACCUGCCAACUUUCAGCCUGUCACCGCAAGAAUACAUCACAAAUAUAGGACAGUACCUCAUGUCUCUGCCUCUCCACUUGGAGCCAUUUGUGACUCAGGAGGACCCGGCACUAGAGAUGGCCCUACAUGCUGGGAAGCUGCCAUUCCCUCCAGAGCAAGGCGAUGACCUUCCUGAACUGGACAACACUGCAGACUACUGGCUGGGCUCCAUUGCUCGGGCAACCAUGCAGACCUACUGCGAUGCCAUCAUGCUUAUUCCCCAACUGAGCACUCAUUCCACUAAACAGCUGGCCACGGAUAUCGACUAUCUGAGCAAUGUGAUGGACGCUCUGGGCCUGCAGCCGUCCCGCGGCCUGCAGCACAUCGUCACCCUGCUGAGGGCCAAACCAGAGGACUACAGACAGACGGCCAAACUGCUGCCUCGUCGGCUGGCCUCCACCAUCGCUGCCGUACGGUGCAUCGACUACUAACAGCAAAGGGAAAAGGAAGAUGGACUCUAGGUAUAGUGGCUCUCAGAGCGGCACUGGGGACUCGCAGGCAUGUUUGAAAAUGAAGAAGAAUGUGUUGUGAAGAGUAGCUGGUAAACAUGUUACAGUCACUUAAGUCUCACAUUUAGGGCGGGAGCAUUUUAGGAUAAUAGUCCUGUCCAAAUAAGUAUGGCAUUUAGGGGAAUGAUAAUAGUUUGAAAUCAGAGUUUUUUUAUACUGAUGAUUGUUGAACUAGUGGGACUUUGAAUGAUCAGUGGUGAUGAUGUCUUUAAGUCAAGCCAAAACACUGAAAGUUGCUUGACUCUACAUAUUUAAUUUCUGAUUCUUUUUAAGUUGCUGAAGCAUUUAAGGAAGUAAAUAAAUUGAAUACAUCAGGGGAUGUGUGAGAGCAAUUUAUAUGACUGAUAUACAUGUUGUUGAUGUCUUGUCAUACUUAUAUUAUUCAUCUAUGAUAUUAAAUUAUAUUAAGGUAAUAAUUCUGAUAAGAGCUUUGUUGUUUUUGGUUAACUGAGCUUCACAUUCAGCAGUUAAAGGUGAACGUGAGCUCUCUCUCUCUAUCAUUCUCUCUCUCUCUCUGUCUCUUGCUCUCAUGCAGUAUCAUGAAAAUCUGUACAUAAAACAUUUACAUCAACACUACAAAUGGAGCCUGUUGUGUUAAUACUUAUGAAACUCUUUUGAAUCAAAUAGAUGAAAUGGGGGUUGAAUUAGUUUGUAAUGGAAUCAAUCUUGUUUAAUAAAUGUAUGGCCUUUUCUGUCUUUUGUAAUCCCACAUUGCUCCUUGCUCCCUCACGUCAUUUUAGUAAGAUGCAUUAAAAUCCUACGUUUGAAGUCGUGCUUAAAAUUAUAAGACUGAUUGUAAGACCGUGUUGGGCUUUUUUCACUAUUUCAGAC